AUGGCGCACAAACACUGUUUUGAGGCUUUGGACAAAACCAUGAGGACUCUAUUGAGGUUCACCAUACUGGGUAGUGCUGAAAAGACUUUUGGUGGAAAGACAAUAGUUUUGGGCUGCAAUUUUAGACAUAUCCUACUUGUUAUUCCGAAAGAAACAAGACCAGUAGUUGUCGGAGCAACUUAUAAUUCUUCAUACAUGUGGACAAAUUGCAAGGUAUUAAGGCUCACAAAGAACUUGAGACUAUGGACCUUAGCUUCAGAGGAAGAUACACAGACGGUUGAUUGGUUUUCAAAAUGGAUUGCAGACAUCGGAAAUGAGAUUGCAGGGGUUGUAAACGGCGGUUCAUUUGAGAACGAUAUUCUGGCACGUUUUUUGUUGAAGUGUGGACACGAUCGCAUAGCAACUAUAGUGGAAAGCACAUUCCCAAGCUCGAGAUAUAACAUGCUUGAUGAAUCAUAA